AUGUUCUCUUCCUUUAUUCGCCGAACCCCUCCACUUUGUGUGGGGCCCAAAUCCAUUGUUGCCUUUUCUUCCUUCCACACACCCACCGCCACUCUUAUGGCCGCACGACUCGCCUCCACUACUGCGAACACCGUCCCAUUAGAUAGACCCGGGACCAUCGCAACAUCAUCCACUACUACUAUUCAUCAUCAUAAUGAUAAUAAUGAUAAUAAUAACACUACUCCUACUACUACUACGAUGGUGAUGACUCCUCUGUACACCUCCACUCCAACCAAUAAUAAUAAUAAUAAUAAUAAUAAUAAUAAUAAUACGACUGUCAGUGCGGCGGCCACGAGUGAUGGACUCCCGCUGGUGGGGGAUCCGCGUGUUUGUGUUUGGCGCGACGAGGAGGCACUUCUGCGGGCGUCGAUGGGGCGGCUGGCGGCGGAGCGGGAACUCGCGGCGAUGCGGCGGCGGUGCGAGGAGCAACUCGAGUGGCUGCGGGCCGGACUGCGGGCGCGGGAGGGACAAGUGGAGCGCAUCGUCCGGCGCGUCAUCACACGGCCACCCAAACACACACGCAGACGUUCAAACAACACUACUACUAACACUACUACUAACACUAGUAUGAAUAAUAAUAAUAAUAAUAAUAAUAAUAAUAAUAAUAUGGAUAUGAAUAUGAAUAGUGUUGCUGAGGAAGAGGUGGGGGUGGAGGAUGGGGUCUGCAGAGGCGCAGCUGUAGAGUGUGUGGAGGAGGCUGCAGAAACAGAAGAGCCGAUGUGGGGCAGAUCAGAGGAAGAACAACAACAACAACAACAAGAAGAAGAACAAGGAGAAGGAGAAGAAAAUGUUGAAGGAAAUGGAGAGAAGGAAAUAAAUGAAGGCGGAGAGGAAGAGAAUUAUCAUAAUAAUAAUAAUAAUUAUUAUAUGGAUAAUAGAGGGGAUGGGACCAACACGACAGUCCCAACACCAACACCAUCACCAUCACCACUACCGACUCAAACACAAACCCCCGCCGUUGGGGAAUCUCAACAACAGAAGGAUGAGACCGCUGUGAACAAGAAGCGAAAGACCAACAAUAAUAAGAAUAAGAAUAAUAAGAACAACAACAGCAGCCAAAAGAAGACUAAAGGCAAUAAGAAUAACAGCAAGAAUAACAGUCGUCGUAGUCCUAGUCCUAGUCGUGCUCGUGGUGGUAGUAAGAGUAAUGUUAGCGGUGGUAUUAGAAACAAGAAGGGAAGCGCAAAGAAAACAACAGCUGUGAAGAAUAAAACAGGGGCGGUGAAAUCGUCUAAAAGUACACGUGGAAACACUACAAGGAAGACGACUAAAAACAACAACAACAACAACAAACAUGCCUCACAAAAGAAAGUUGGGGCUGUUAAAAAGAACACCAAUGCCAAAAACAAGACAAAGGGUAUGGAAGCAAACAAAAAGAAGAAGAACAACAACAACCAGAACCGCAACAAUAAGAAGAACAGCAAUAAUAAUAAUAAUAAGAACAAUAAAGGUGGGAGUCGUACAAAGAAAGCGUCUCCUGCAACUGGACGAAAGAGAUAA